GGUGCAAAAGAACUGCAAGCGCUGCAUAUGCCAAGCCGCCGGCCACAAGCGUACGGCGAAUGCCUGAUGUUUUAUUUGCGGCCUGCGCUUUCUUGCAAGGAUGGACAAGCACGGCUUGGGUGGUGGCCAAUGCGAAGCUGGUGCCACGUCACGGUGGCGCUGUCUUCACGACGGCCAUCUCCCACAUAUUCGCUUGGCUGAUUCUGAUGUUCGCUGCCAGUAUCGACAACUGGCGCAUAGGCUUGCGGCCAAGCGCGCUACUGCAGAAGGCGCGAGGCGUUCCCUGGAAGCUAGCCUGGAUUAUGGGCCUGGGCUGGACUUCCACCCUCUUCCUGGUCUCCGCAGCGCACUCGCUGGGCGCCGCGCUGGCGCAGGUGCUGGUGCUCGGUGGCGAGCUCAGCACCGCCGUGCUUGCUGAUGCCCACCAAGACAAGUCGCCGGUGCCGAAGGAGCAUGGGUGGCUGCAAGUCUUGCUUUCGCCAGCUUUGGCGCUGCUAGGUGUCACUGUCAGCUUAGCGCAGGAGCUCAUCAGCGUCCAGUUCACACAGGCCGCUGGCUUCCACUUUUUCCUGGUGGCCUUGGGUGCCUUCUUCUGCGGCGCAUGCUCUCGCUUCAGACAGCAGAGUUGUUUAGUCCUGAACUCUGUGGGAAACACCCAUCUCCGAGAGCACAUCGGGCCGUUGAAUGCCAGUGCCUGGUCGGCCUUCAUGGCGUCGUUGGGCAAUGUGGUCAUUUGUGUGACGGUGGAGGUUUUUGGAUUCUUCCAUUUCCAGGAAGAUACAAGGCCUACGACCCUCAUGCUAUGGGCAGUGGUCGGCUUUGCUGGGAUGUGGGUGACCUUAGUGGUGACCUUUGUGCCCCCACGCAUCGGCUUCGCUCGCACGUUCUGUCUCAUUGUGGCAGGGAAGGUGACUGGUGGUCUCUUCGUGGACGCGCUGGGCCUGAUGUCCCCUGGCCGUCCCGUGACGCUGCUGAGGGCCCUGGGCGCCUUGUUGGUGCUGCUCGCUGCGCUUCAGAGGAUUGGUAGCCAGAAGCAGCAGCAUGGCCAUGUCAAAUCGGAAAACGUCGAAGUGGAGGUGGAGGUCGCCGAGGCGACGGCAUUUGGACGACGCAGUUCUGAUACCGACUGACACGGCUGCGAGGAGUCAAAAGGAACCACUGCACAGCUACGAUCACUGCCUGU